AUGGCGCCCACGUCCGAAGAGGUCAUCGACACGCUGAAAGGCACCGUCGACAAGCUGGAGCAGCGAGUCCAGGAGCUCGAGUCGCGGUUGGCUGGCAAGGCGUCUGGUGUUGUCUCGGGCUCGAAUAUGAGGAUGAUUCUCAUGGGGCCUCCUGGCGCUGGCAAGGGUACGCAAGCACCCGCGAUCAAGGACAAGUACUCCUGCUGCCAUCUGGCAACCGGCGACAUGCUACGCGCACAAGUCGCAGCAAAGACGGAGCUGGGGCGGCAGGCGAAGAAGAUUAUGGACCAGGGAGGGCUCGUCUCGGACGACAUCAUGAUCAACAUGAUCAAGAGCGAGCUGGACAACAACAAGGAGUGCAAGAACGGCUUCAUCCUCGACGGCUUCCCGCGCACCGUCCCCCAAGCCGAAAAGCUCGACGAGAUGCUGACCUCGAAAUCGCAACCCCUCAAACACGCCGUCGAGCUGCAGAUCAACGACGACCUGCUCGUCGCCCGCAUAACAGGCCGCCUCAUCCACCCGGCCUCCGGCCGCUCCUACCACAAAAUCUUCAACCCGCCGAAGCGCGAGAUGACCGACGACGUGACCGGCGAGCCGCUCAUCCAGCGGUCGGACGACAAUGAGGACGCGCUAAAGAAGCGUCUGGUGACGUACCACAAGCAGACGGCGCCCGUGUCGGAUUACUACCGGAAGACGGGGAUCUGGACGGGUAUUGAUGCGAGUCAGGAGCCUGGUGCGGUGUGGAAGAGUUUGCUGGGUGUGUUUGGCCAGGAGAAGGGGAGCAGUGGUGGUUUGAUGGGGAAGUUGGGGUUGAAGUAG